AUGUUUCUCUCUCAUCUGCCUGUGUCCUGUUCAGUGCCACACUGUCACCCUUAACCCACCUGCUCUUUCACACGCUGAGGACUCAUUCCACCCAGACCAACUUGAUAUUUUAUUUCCCGUCUGUAAACACCUGCUACUUCUGAAGAUUCCUCAUACUAAAACCAGUACCAAAGAAGACUGCAAUGUUGACCUUAGCCAAAAUUAUGUUGGUUUCAAGUCUAUUCAUUUGGUUACCAUUUGCAAGGCCCGAGAAAAAAAUUCCAGGAAGAAAUGUAACUCAGUACACCACAGGAGAUUUGAAAACAGCAGGAAACAAAAACAUUCCUUUGGAAAGAAGGACAAAUGUGACUUCAGAGAAUGACAAUAGUAAUACCUCCAAACCCAUGGUGACAGAUGCCUCUGGUUUGGAUUUACCCACAAUCUAUGAAACAAUACAUUCUACCAGUAACUGGCCAACAGCUAGCUCUACUGAGAGCCCAAGACCCACCUCCACAUAUUCCAUCCCACCCUUGACUCAUAGCUUCAUUUCCAAGUUGCCUUUGAACUCGUCCACAGCAGAUUUCUCAGCACACACCGGUCCUAUGCAUUCUGCAUCACCAGAAAAUUUUACCUGGUCUCUGGAAAAUGACACCUUGAACAUUCCUGACAAUAUUUCCAGUACAGACAGCAUUCUCCCUCUGCCUCCGAUGACUACACCUGUGACCCCUUUGACAGAUGAACCUACUGGAUGGCCUGCCACAGACAAUGACAACUUUGCUGGUUUUACCCUGUAUCAAGAAAAAACAACUUUACAGCCUACCUUAAAAUUCACCAAUAAUUCAAAAAUUUAUUCCAAUACAUCAGACUCCCCAAAAGAGUAUAAAAAUACAGGAAUAGUAUUCGGAGGCAUUUUAGGGGCAAUUCUGGGUGCAUCCCUGCUUAGCCUUGUAGGCUACUUAUUGUGUGGACAACGGAAGACAGAUUCAUUUUCCCAUCGGCGACUUUAUGAUGAUAGAAAUGAACCAGUCCUGCGAUUAGACAAUGCACCAGAACCUUACGAUGUCAAUUUUGGAAAUUCUAGUUACUACAACUCAGCUGUGAGUGAUUCAUCCAUGCCAGAAGGCAGAGAGAGUAUACAAGAUGGCAUUCCCAUGGAUGAUAUACCUCCACUUCGAACCUCAAUGUAAAGCUAGGAGAAGAAUGGCUGCAGAAGGCUAGAGUUCAUCUCCAUCUUGACCUACUAAUAAAUCCAUCUUGCAAAAGGCAUUGUGUCAUCACUGCUUGGCCAUCUGCACAGGGAGAAUGGCACAAACAGUAGCUGGGCAGAGGAAACAGUGGAUCCAUCACCUACAGGCUCUCUCUUCUUACAGUCUUCAGCGGGGCUGAAGCACGUGUUAUAUAAUCAUACUUUGUGUUUUGGUUUGUUUCUCUAGGAAACCUUUGUGGAAUAAGGUAAAAUUAAUACACAUCACCAUGGUAGCACUGACUGGUAACUUAAUAAUAGCUAUUCUUCACACAAAAUCUAGGGACCAAAACUACAUUUUCUUCAAAUAUUUUGUGUUUAAAACAGAAAUUGAAGUUAACUCUUCACUCCUCUUGUCUGUAAUCUAGGACCUAAAACCAAAUAAGUAUUUUCUUGGGGCAUAAUUUGAAUGGUUAUUUAGUGUUUGUUUGUUUAUUUCAAAGCCAGAAAUAUGAUAUGGUAAAGUUUCUGAUACUGAGAAAUUAAGGCAAUAAGAAUGAAAGCCUUGUUAGAUUAUAAUACAUUUCACUUUUAUACAACAGCACACACACGGUCAGUCCCUUUGGUUGACCAGUUGACAAUGAAUGCAUUCAUCUGGGCCAACAGGCAAACUGAUUCUAGCCAGGAAAGUGAUAGCUUCCCCAAGCGUUCCUAAAGUUCUUAAAGCAAUUCCAACUUGCAUGAGUACACAUCAGGUUUCAGUUAAUUAGGCUUCUUAGAGUCUCAAUGAGAAACAUGAGGAUAAGGCUAAAGAAUAUACUAACUUAUAAUUACUCUGAUUUUAACUUGCUUGCUAAGAAUAGAAGUUGUAAUAUAGUAUACACUUUUGUUCAGUCAUAUGUGAAACAAAAUCCAUCUUUCUGUAUGUAUGAAAUACAUGGCAAAACAAGUAAAAUCAUCAAGCAAACUCAUCACCACUUCUGGUAUCAGUAAAAAUGUAAGAGACUUAAUUUUGUUUUUAAGUGUGUUUUAGUUUGUUUUUGAAGGUCUAAGACUCAGAGAUUAGAAGAUUAAACAAGAGUUAAAUCCCCAAGGAGUGAAUGUUUGAAU